AGGAUAUGGAAGGCGUCAAUUCGCAACAGGAGGUGGUUGCGACUGAAGAACUCGAUGAUGCGGUUGGAUUGGCUAUUUCAGGCGAUGAUCCGGUUGGAUUGGCUAUUUCAGGCGAUCGUAAUCCAGCUGUUCAGGACUUGUUAGGGGUGUCAGUGAGUUCUAUUGAGGAAGCAUAUGAGGUUUAUAAUGAUUAUGCUUUCAGGCUAGGUUUUAGUAUGAGGAGGGGUAAGCAAAGAUAUAGUGCUGGUACAAAACAAUUGAAGAUGAAGGAGUUUAAUUGUUCAAAGUCUGGGUUUAAAAGGGUUUUAAGAAAUGGAAGUUAUUUAAAAGUUGAUGUACGGACAGGUUGUCGUGCAUCUGUUCAAUUUGAUUUAGAUGGGAAUGGGAUGUGGACUGUGACAAAGCACCAGAAGCUUCAUAAUCAUGAGUUUGUUCCAACGACCAAGAGUUAUCUUCUACGGUCACAUAGAUCAGUGUCUAGAAAUCAUCUUUCCUACCUAAAGGAUUUGAAGAAGAGCGGCGCUUGUGUGGCUGAUGGUUUACGGUUUCUUAAAACACAAUCAGGGGGGUCACCACUCGUUGGUUUUACAAGCAGGGAUGCAUAUAACUCACUGUGCACUGAUGUAUUGAACAAUUUGGAUGGAACCGACUCAAACACAUUAAUUGAAAUAUUUAGACAAAGGCAGUCAAGUGAAAAGGAUUUUUACUUUGAUUUCGAAGUGGAUGAUGAGUCAAGGUUGUGCAGCUUUUUUUGGAGAGAUGGGAAAAUGAUGCGAGACUAUGAAUUGUUUGGAGAUUUGUUAGUUCACGAUACGACGUAUCGUACUAACAAAUAUGAUAUGAUUUGUGGUCCAUUCGUUGGUCUGAACCAUCACUGUAUGAACGUAAUGUUUGGAUGUGGUUUUUUGUUGAACGAGAGGAUUGAGUCGUUUGUAUGGUUGUUUAGGUCAUUUUUAAGAUCAAUGAAUGGGAAAAGUCCCCAAAGUAUAAUGACUGAUCAAUGCGCUGCCAUGGCUGCUGCUAUUUCCCAAGUUUUUCCAACCUCAAGACAUCGCCUAUGUAUAUGGCAUAUCGGUGAGAAUUCAAAGAAGCACAUCAAGGGACUAAGAAAUCAAAAAGAUUUUCUAGACAUAUUCAAUUGUCUGUUGAAACAUACAGAUACGGAGGCAGAGUUUGAGCUUUAUUGGACAAGGAUGGUCACAACAUACAAAUGCCAUAAUAAUUCUUGGAUUGAAAAGCUGUAUGAAUGUAGAGAAAAAUGGUGCCCUGCAUUUAACAAAGAUUAUUUUUCUGGUGGUAUUUUAUCUUCACAAAGGAGUGAAACCACAAAUCACUCUAUUUCUAGAAGGUUAUCCAAGACUGUUGGGCUAUGUGAUUUCUAUAGCUCCUUUGUUGGUGUUGUUUCGGAGUGGAGGAGUAGAGAGAACGGGGAAGAUGUCCGGUGUUCCCAAGGUGUACCUACAAUGGCUAUGGAUCACAUUAAGAUUCUUUCACACGCUAGGGAUAUUUAUACGAUUGAGAUAUAUUACUUGUUCGAAGAGCAGUUUUUGAAAGGGGCAUCAUGCUAUCAAGAGUGUGUUCAAUUUGAAGGUGGUGUGUAUAAGUAUCACGUCUGGAGGCCGGAGGUUGAUAUUAUUAGGCAUGAAGUGAUUUUUAACGUUAGAGAGUUAGAUAUUUGGUGCAGUUGCAAGCUGUUCACUGAAACCGGGAUCUUAUGCUGUCACUGUUUACGCAUUUUAAACGUGCAUUGUGUGUCUGAAAUUCCAAAUAAAUAUAUUCUGAAGAGAUGGACUAAAAGAGUUUUGGAAGACGAGAAUGCUGAGAUCACUAGGAAAUUUCAGAAGUUGGUUGUUUAUUGCCAAGAAAACAGCGAAGCACGCAAAAUUUUUGAGCAAGCAGUGUUAGAUGCCAAGAGAAAAGUUGAACAUGAGUAUGGCCCUAUUUUCUUCGAAGGUGAAGAUUGUGAUGUGGAAUCGUCGAGCGGUGUUAUAAAGGAUCCAUCAAACAGGCGGUUGAAAGGGUCUCAAGUUGAAGAUGAUAUUUCUAAUAUUGCUGGUAAUGGAUACCUGGUGCAUCCAAUGUCUGGAGAGUUAGAAGACAGAGGUGGAAGCCAGGGUUUAGCAUUAGGGUUUAUGGUUUAG